AUGGGUUACCCGUGCGAAAGUGCGCAUCCACAGCAUCGACCAGUACGAUCGGACCGCAACGAGCAUUGGUCAGCCGAGCAGCACCUGCAGCUGCUGGAUCUCCGACCCCGCCAAAGCAGCACCCUUCGCGAGCCACGGACACCGGUGUCGCAGACCACAACCGCAACCAUUAGCCACCAACCGCAACAUCAACCAGCGACGAGCGGCAGCGAAUCUGCACCGCGGCCUUCAAGAACCACUACCAAACAUUGCCCGCCGGGUGGCCAGGAGGCAACGCCUGCGGUGGACGGAACGGGCAGAAAGGUGGCCGGAACGGCGAAGAAACGUCGAAGAAGCUGUUCGUCACCCACCCUCCGGAAGCCUUCCCGUAGCUUCCUACAUCCCACGACCCCGACCGUGCUCGACAGCUACGCGUCCCUCGUGCUUAACAAACUUUCCCAAUUCAUCAGACACCAUGUAGGUCCGGCACGGGAAGGGAGCGCCACGAACGACGCUGGCGUGAGUCCCACCCUGCCAACGAGCCUGCCGGGCUUGAUCACUCGCGAAACUUCACCGAGACCGUCCAAAGUAGUACGCCAGCAGCGCGAGCAGACACCGAACAGGCUCUUCCGAAGUCGCCGUACUCGAAAUCCCGCACAGUGCAGCGCCGGUCUUAGCGCGCCUAAAUCCGACGUAGAGAAGGUCCCGGAGACAGCUCCCGAUUUCCAAACGCCUCGCAACGACCCUCGAGCCACGAGUCCCUCUCGGGAAGAGCACCUUCACGUUCCCGCCCGGGAGCACCGGAACGCCGAGGCGAACGCAGCUUUCCAGCCCGUAGCAAAACCAACCAGUAGCCACCAUCUUGUAAGACAUUCACUUUGUUUAUACGCAGCCUCUAGUGUACUACUAGCGUUAUGUUAUCUAACGAUACCAACAGUUGCCUCAGACACAGCACACCCCAUAAGAGGAAGAGUUCGAUUCGCCGAAGGAAAGUCGGAUAAGGAAAUAUUGGACCAUCUGCUUAAAAACUCCCGUUACGAUAAACGAUUGCUACCACCAGUGGACGAUGCGGAUUUUUGCUGUGGCAUGCACACGCCGGAAAUGGCUAAACACAUACCGGAUAUGCGUGUUCCAGGACGACCCCAGAAUCGUGGUACAUUGACUGUGAACGUAAGCGUUUUACUAUUAAGUUUAGCUUCGCCUGACGAGUCUAGUUUGAAAUACGAGGUCGAGUUCCUGCUGCAGCAACAAUGGUUCGAUCCACGGCUGCGGUACGCGAACCAGUCGCAGUAUGAAUAUUUGAACGCAAUACAUCACCACGAGGAUAUUUGGCUGCCCGAUACGUACUUCAUCAUGCAUGGCGACUUCAAGGACCCGAUUAUACCGAUGCAUUUUGCGCUCCGGAUAUACCGCAACGGAACGAUCAAUUAUCUGAUGAGGAGGCAUCUUAUACUGUCCUGCCAGGGACGACUGAACAUUUUCCCAUUCGAUGAUCCACUGUGCUCGUUUGCGUUAGAAAGUAUAUCGUAUGAACAAUCGGCCAUAACGUACGUCUGGAAGAACGACGAGGACACUCUGCGCAAGAGCCCUUCGCUGACGACCCUAAAUGCGUACUUGAUACAAAACCAAACAAUUGCCUGUCCGAUCAAGGCCAGCUGGAGAGCCGAAGGACAAACGUUGUCGGUAGAAGACGAAGAGUUUCUUUGUAAUUUGUGUCAAAGACGCUUUGAGGAGCAAGGAAAUUACAGUUGUCUGAAAGUGGAUUUAAUAUUUACAAGAGAUAGAGCGUUCUAUUUCACGACCGUCUUUAUACCGGGCAUCAUCCUGGUGACGUCAUCGUUCAUCACCUUCUGGCUGGAAUGGAACGCGGUCCCGGCCCGAUCGAUGAUAGGUGUAACGACCAUGUUGAAUUUUUUCACGACCUCAAACGGUUUCCGCAGCACUCUUCCGGUCGUCUCCAACCUGACGGCAAUGAACGUGUGGGACGGUGUGUGUAUGUGCUUCAUCUACGCGUCCCUGCUGGAGUUCGUCUGCGUCAACUAUGUCGGCCGGAAGCGACCGUUGCACAACGUUGUAUAUAGACCUGGAGAGAAUCCAGUCACUCAGCGUCUUCCAGCUGUCCUAAGCAGGAUCGGAAUUAUUCUCGCUAGUCCCCUGGAAACAAUUGACCGCGAGUUCCACACCGCCAUUGCCGCGGAGAAGACGACCGUCGCUACUGCCGCCUCUGCCACCACCGCCGCCGCCGCCGCCGCCGCAGCUUCCGGUCGCGUUGCGCAAGUGCCAUCGCGCGGCAAUUUACAGCCACCACCGACGGCACCGGUUGUGGCGACCUCAGGAGCACCUCUCGGAGCCACGGCUGUAGGCGCCGCAGGCGCUUCCGGCCCGGGGGGGAUGCGCCCGGCACAAAGCAGUGUGGUGAUGUGCGAGGCAGGACUCGAGGGGCCCGCCGAAAUCGGCCUCACGCGCCGCCGCCCAACUGUCGAGACGAAGCUUAACGAAAUUGGGCUCAUGGAAACCAGCUUUGGUGUCAAGAAGCGGGAAUCUGGCGGACCGAACGAGAUCGUCGCGUGUACUAGCUGCGCGGGUGGAACCAGCCCCUGCACGCACUCGGCAAAUAAUGGCUGUGCAACUGAGACGUGCUUCGUGCAAGUGCGCAAAAAGGAACCGCCCCAUCCGAUACGCGUGGCGAAAACGAUCGAUGUGAUCGCACGCAUCACCUUCCCGUCGGCGUACGCGGUCUUUCUCAUAUUCUUCUUCAUCCACUACAAGGGAUUCUCCUAG